AUGUCGGCCACAGUCGUGAACAACAAUCAAGAGCUAAUUGAAUCUUAUCAAUAUACAGAAGAAAACGAUUUCUUAACUCCCACUAUUGAUGGGUCGCUUUCUUUUGACAUUGACGAAUGUUGUGAUACAACUUCUUCUUAUCCUCAUAUGCUUCCUCCUUGUUCUCAAUUCGAAGAAUAUGUCUCUAACCUCGGAAUAACAAAUAGCUCACAUGUUGUUGUUUACGACAAUUGGCCACAAAUUGGCAUCUUUUCCUCACCCCGCCUUUGGUGGAUGUUUCAUGUAUUUGGUCACAAGAACGUGUCAGUUCUCGAUGGAGGGCUUCCCGGCUGGCAAUCUGAAGGUUACGAUGUUACUUAUCGUCAAAAUUCUCUAAAUGUAAAUUCGAAUUUUCGAGCAAAUUUCAAUUCCGAUUUGGUCAAGAAUUUCAAACAAAUUCAAUGCAACGUCAAGUCUGGUUUAGCCACAUUAGUAGACGCUCGUUCCGCUGACAGAUUUAACGGACUUUCUCCUGAGCCACGCGCUGGUUCUUCUAUUUUUAUAAUUCUGAAAUUCUGGCAAUAUUUUGGAAAGCUGGGGUUGAUUUGUCAGCUCCGGUUUGGUCUACGUGUGGUUCUGGUUGUCUAUAUGUGCAGUAGUUUUACAGGUGUGACUGCCUCGAUUCUGUCCUUCGCAUCUUACAUUUGUGGGUUUGAUAUCUUGCCAGUAUAUGACGGCUCAUGGACAGAGUGGAGUAAUAACCUGGAUAAUUCUUAG